AUGGAAAUCGAUAGGUUGAAUGAUCUUCCACAAGAAAUCAUCAUCGACAUCCUCUCAAGACUCCCCUUUCAAACCAUCAUGAUCUCCAAGUGUAUUUGCAAGUCAUGGCGCGAUCUAGUGAAGUCCCCUUACUUUGUCUGGUUGCAUUCUCAUCAUGCGGCCUUGACCUCUGCCCGCCUCCCUGCCUUUGAAGACCUCAAAUUCUCAAGGGCUCACAGCCUCUUGGGGUUUAUUGGUGGCAAUGAAAUUAUACAAAAACCACCAAAAGGUUCGGUUCUCUACACUCACACUUUUCCGGAGCCUUAUAAGCCAUUUAUACAUAGCUCCGUUAAUGGCUUGCUCUUCAUGAUUGACUUUGAAUCCAUGUCCAAACUAUUCAUAUGCAACCCAAUCACUCGAGAGUACGUCACCAUCAAGAUGGGUUGUGAUUGUUAUUCAUACAGAUAUGCAUUUGGGUUUGGAGUGAGCAAAAGUGGGCAGUACAAGCUUGUCAGGGUUUAUGCUCGUCGUAAUUUUCCCCUUACCUGUCAAGUAUACAAUCUAGGAAUAGGGCAAUGGAAAAGCAUCACAAUUGAGAGCGAAUUGGUGUUCUGGUACCAAAAGGCAUAUGUGCCUCCUUUGGUGAAUGGCAAUCUUCACUGGCUUGUAAUUGAUCAUGACAAUGCGUUCCUAUACCCCCGUAGAGUUUAUUGCCUCGAUCUUGAAACCGACCUAUUUAAAUCUUUUUCAUGUCCUCGUAGUAUUACUCUUCAAAAUCUUGGUGAAGGCUUGAAGUAUUCACUAUCUGCUUUGAGGGGACGCCUGUGCUUCAGCAAUGAUGCAGAUGAUAAUAUGAUGGAAAUAUGGUGUAUGAAGAAAUAUGGAGAUGACAAAUCAUGGACCAAGGAUUAUGUUAUCAAGAGAGAACGAUAUAAGCUCAGACUUCCUGAAGUUCUUCAUAAUUAUACCAGAUAUUAUGUUCCUUAUGAUUUACAUAAGGAUAUUUUGUCGAAUGUAGAACGUCUUGAUAGAAUCUUAGAACGCCAUGAAAUGUUGUAUCCCGUUAAAGCAUUCAAAGAUGGCGGGAUCUUACUCGCCUUGCUUGAAUCUGCUCGACUAUUUUACUACUCGGGUACGACUAAAGUUAUUCGAGAGAUUAAGAAAGAGAGGAACCAUGCUAGUUCCAACUUAGUUAUUCAUAGUCUGAAUUUUGUUUCACUUAAAUCCUUGGUGAUGGAGAAAAUGAGGGUUAAGUUGCUUUAA